AGCCAGUCCCACAGCGGUCCCGGCCCGGCCGCACACCCGCGGCCCGCAGCCGGCCUCGGGGCUCGUUCGGACCCACAGCCGAGCCCACACCCCGUCCCGGAGCGGACCCGACCCCAGAGCAGACCCCGCCCGGCCCCGGCAUGGAGCUCGAGGACGACAUGGAUGUGUUGGAUCCAGAGAGGAUAAUCCAGUGCCCCUUGGUUAAACACCAUCGGAUCAGAGCACGGCGCUUUCCCUAUCACCUGGUUAAGUGUAAGGAGAGCAAUCCUGAAAUUGCAAAGCAAUUGGCCACGUGCCCUUUCAACGCUCGUCACCUGGUUCCUCAGGCUGACCUCAGCAACCACAUCGUGAAGUGCAGCGACAAAGCCUUCAUGGAGCAAGACGUGGUGAGCCGGUCCUGUGAGCCCCCACAGGAGCAGCUGAAUAAUGGGAGCACAUGGCAGGCACCUCCAUGUGAUGAAGACUGGGAAACAGAGUUGCGGGAGGGAUCCGAGUCUACUUUUGUGUGGGGUGUCAUCAACUCUCCCCUAAACGGCGCCAUCAGCAACCAGAACAACUCCCUGCCCUCCCGCAUGCGGCCCCCCGAGACGCUGCCGUACGCCGUGUCUGCAGGGCUAAUUCGGAGUGUGAAUUCCUCCCCCUGGAACUUGGUUUUGCCCAAGCAGUAAGUGUCUCCCUGACUUGGACAGGAGAGCUCCUGCAGAUGACAGACAUGCUGUGCACCUGACAGCAGGACUGUACACUUGGCUUUUGUUGCAUGUUGUGUUUCUUGCAAUGUUUGAACAUGUGAAACUGUCCUUGGUUGCCAAAUGUUUCCCCCAACCACUUGUUUUAAAAGUUAUCCUCACCUUUAUUUGGUGAAAUUUGUUACUGUUCUUGCAAAAAAAUAGACUGAUAAAAUUACAUAGACUCAGAAACCCUCUCUGCCCAGCCCUGGGUCAUGGUAACUCAAUGUGAGCAGGAAAAACAUUGUAAUUGGCAAGUCUCUGUUUUUUGUAACAGGGAAUGAUCUGUGACAUAUUUGAGGCUGUUCUGUGUGCUCCAGAGACUGGGAAACCCUUCAGAAAGGUUUUAAGGAGUGGGGAACUGAGGAAGUUGUUUUAAGCAGGGGAGAUGGGAUCUGAUUAGGUUUCUAAUUGGAGAAGUGAUAGUGGGAAACAGAACACUUUGGGGGGAUGAAAAUGUCCCCCAGAAUCUUGUUCCUUUGCUUGAAACUUUUAAACCUUUGUGCACGUGGAGGAGCCCCUUGGUAGCUGGGUGCUUGUGGUCAGUGCUAACUGCAGAGGGAUGCAGGGAUGGGAGUGGGAAUGUCUUGCAGGAAUAGCAGAUUUGGGAGAAUUCAGGCCUGGCAUAGCAGAAAAUGCUACAGUCCCAUUUCAGUGGAAGUCAGGAACCACCCAGCAGUAACUUCCAGGAAUUUUCACGCUAUGCCUUAAGCAUCUUGCUGUUCUCAGGAAGCCUAGAGGGAUUAUGUGGAACUUCUGCUGGACAUUCAGGAGAAGUUUUGGCUGUUUGCUGAGGGGCUGCAGCAAACUCCUGCAACUGAGGCUCUAGGAGUUGUUUGAGGGCCUGUUACAGCCUGGAGAGCACAAAGUGCUGAGAGUUUCUCCAGUCUGUGGAUGGAGGCUGAGACUAAAAUAAUCUGGAGCAGCCAAACUUAAAAGUAUUUUUUCUGUGCAUGUACUUUUUGUUUUUAUCUUGUUGGAGUUUUUGUCCACUCAGGGUAUAGCAAGUGUCCAGGUUGGGUUUUAAACUGUGCUGUCCUUGCAGAGACUGCUUUGAGAGCAUCCUGACCUUCACUUUAGCACUGUCACACCUUCAGCCUUGCCUUUGUUACCUUAGGCCUCCCCUUUGUCUCCUGUGUGUGAGGGGCUUCCCCAGGCAGACCUUAACAGAGAAUCCUCCGCAAUCUCCUUGCAUCACACACAAUUCCAAACACGGGAAGUUUCAGGAGACACUGAUGUGCUUUUCCAGUUUCCAUUAGAGUUUUACAGUUUUUCUAAUGCUUAAAACAUGUUUGAGAGCUCUCAGAUACCUGUUCUGUAUUGGGGGAGGGAAGGAAGGGAGUAGUAAUGGUUUCAAUCAGUUAAAAUACAUGUUUAGGACUGAAAUGUUCAAAUCAAGCAGUAUAUUUCUAAACAUGUAAAGUACAAAAUGGUAUCUCAAUAUAAAACCAUAAAGAAUUAAGAAGCCAGACAUGGUGUUUGUCUAGAAAGAUAUUAAUGCCUUCCUAUUUUCCUCUAAAGACUGGAUUUCCACCAUCUGUAUACUACCACUAGAAAAUAAUACAUGUUGACUGGAAUAUGUAAAAUUAAGAUUCUUUUAAAAUUCUGUCAAUUUAUUUCAAGGUUCUUGUUGUCAGUU